UUCUUCUGAAAAUCCAAAAUUCUUACAUUUAUUUAACAAACUAUACCCAGACUGUGAGAAUGAUUGAACUAAUUUUGACUUAUUGUGCUGAAAAGACUCAAGAAGAAUCCACCUGAAAUAGUUGUACUAGGAGAACUGGAGAGAUAUUCUCUUAAGAACUUAGUCCAGGAAUAACAGUUUUGAGAGGUUUACUGCUGCAAAUUGUUUACCAUAAUGGGAGAGUCAAAAUGUACAUCAAGUGCUGAUGUUCCAAAAUAUGGCCGACUUGUCCAGUCGUUAGAAGAGUUUUACAAAAUCGCCGAAGAUGUAGCACACUUUGCUGUCAAAAGGUCCCUUGGAUAUUUUCAUCAUUAUAUUGUAGCUGGUUGGCAUGAUGUAAAGAACAACAUUUUUGAGUAUUACCUCUGUUUUAAGAAUUUCUUUACUGGACCCGGACAGGUUGCAAAAAAUAAUAUCUCCGAAAAAGAAAUUGAGGAGGCUAUAGCCGAGGAAAAUUUGUACGUCAUUGAAGCUCCAAAUUAUCCUAAAAAUGAAGAUGAAAAGAAACAAGCGAUGGAGCGAUGUUGGGCAAGACUUGGAGAAAAAGCUUACACAUUGGCCAGCAAUAACUGUGAACAUCUCGUCAACUACAUUAUGACUGGGUCUCCUCAGUCAGAACAGAUUAUGAAUGCCGGCUUUUGGACAAUGGUUCUUGUUGAUUCUUUCGACUAUGUAAUUUGUUAUGGAAAAAGAAAUUUGGUGAAGUUAGGCUCGUGUCUUUUGGCUGUGAAACCGGCUCCUGCGUUUGUCAAAAUCGUAGUAAAUGAAGUUGUGAACGUUGCUAUAGAAUUAUCGUCCAGUCCUGUAUCUAAUGGAGCAAAUUUAGCUGGUAGAUGUGCCACCAAUCUUUGCAAAGCAGCUUGCAAAACUUUGCAAAAAACUAAAUCGCAGCUUCUGGCAUCAAAAGAAUGUGCCAACGUUGCCAAGGCGGCCAGCAAAGAGGCGCUGAGAAAAACUGCUGGCACAACUUUCAUCAUCACAGGACUUAUAGAGGGAGUUAUUGCCGCGUAUGAAAUUCGUAAACUACGCAAACGAAAGAAAAAUGGCUUUCUUUCCAAGAGAGAUUUUCAUCGAGAGGUGACCAAGAGCGUUUCUGGUGCUGUUUCAGCAACCGCUGGUACCGUUGCUGGUGGAGUAAUCGGACAGGCGAUUUGUCCAAUACCAUUUGUAGGAUUCGUUAUUGGAUCCGCCUUGGGUAAUUAUUUCGGGCGUUGGAUCGGAUCCGCCGCUUCUGGACAAGUCUUUGACAUUAUUACGUAACAUUUUUUAAAGCUGGUCUACUCUCUUUC